CAGUUUCACUCGUUUUGCUGAAAUGGCUUGUUUUUCUACCUUUCUCGGUUGUUUCUUAAGUUGUUUUCAUGGAUGUGGUGAAGUAGAAAGCAUCAAGUGGAUCUGAGACAGUGCGAGAUCGGAAGUGAAUCAGUGACAGAAGAUGACAUCUGUUCAACAACUGCUUCUAGACACACUGGCGGAUCUAGUCCGUGACAAAAUGAAGACGUUUAAAUGGCACUUAAAGGAGGAUCAUUUUGCUUCAGCUGCUGAUCUGGAGAAGGCAGAAGAUGCCACUGAUGCAGUGGAUCUGAUGGUGGCACGUUGUGGACCAGAAGGAGCUGUGAAUAUCACACUGGCCAUCCUGAGGAAGAUGAACGAAAACCAUCUUGCUGAACAGUUAGAGGACGAACAUAAAGGUUUAAAGGAUUCAGAGAAUAGACUGAAAGAAGAAAGAAACAUGAGAGAACCUGAUUAUUCUCUACAGGAGUCCAACCACAACAACACCUACUGUCACGGUGUCUGUUCUGUAAAAAAAAUAGAGCGUCUGUUUCACAAACUUCGACUUGAUAUAAAUCACAGACUGAGAGCUGCAGAUGUUCUUCAGAUAACUGCACAUUCAUUACAGUCUCGUGAGUCUUGUGCUGAAGAAGAGCUGAUUCAGACUUACAUUCAGAAACUACUGAUAAUGAACUACAGAGCAAGAUUUGUUAAAAACAAUCAGACUAUAAACACUGUUCACCCGAUGGAUGUUCAGAUGGCUGUGUUUCAUUGUGCUCAUGGUCUCCUUAAGCAGAUAAUGGUCACUAAACUGUCUCAGUGUCAGUUCGCUCUUCCUCUGCUUGUUCCUCAUCCAUUCACACAACAGAUUGAGUUUCCUCUCAAGACAUUCACACAAAUCAACAAGAGCUGGAAGAUCAGAAACACCUACAGUGAAAUCAUCAGUCAAACCCAGCUGAUCUACAGAGCACACACUCCAAUGGUGUUCUUCUUCAGGUUUGGCUCUGUGUCUUCAUCCAAGUCUCAGCUGAUGAACAGUCUGAUCAAUGAGAAACACAACACGUUCUUCCACAGGAACUGCCCCGGCAGCAGCAGCAGAACCAGAGAACUGAUGGACGGAGUGGUGGAGAUCUCCUGGUUCUGUCCUUCUGGAUCAGAUGAUGAUAACUUCACUGAGUGUGUAGCGUUCUGUAAUCUACACGGUGAUGCAGGAGACCAUGAGAAACAGCUGCAGAUCUUCACUCACAUGAGCUCAGUCAAUGUUGUUCUUCUGCCACAACUUCAGAAGAAUGACAGAAUAAUGAUAAAAGUUCAAGAACUCAACAAGCCACUCAUUUGUCUUCUUACUGAGGAUGAAUCUGCUGUAACUGAGAUGAAGAAAGGAAAAUUUAAGAUUGGUUUGAAAGACAGACAUCAGUCACAUGUAUCUGAAGAACUCAGAAGAGCUAUAAAUGACAGUCUUUCAGAAUCAUCUCGCACUUUCAGACUUAAAGAUGUGUCCAAACACUCAGAGAUCAUAGUAGAUGAGGAAGAUGAUGAUGACUGCAGGAGAGGAAGAGCAGCAGCACAGAAGAUGAUGAGUUUACUGAAGAAGAAAGAUCUGAGAGAAAUCAAAGAAUCAUUUCUGCCUCAUCAGGGGAAACUGUGGCAUCAAUGGAGUCAGAAGAACAAAGAGCUACAUCAGCCUCGAGGAGAUGAGAGAGAAAUAGACAUCAGUAGAAAACAAGCAGAGAUGAAGAAAAUCCGUGAACAGCAGCAUGAAAACAACAUCAGUGAGUUUAUGAAGCUCUUUAUUAAAGAAAUGAAGUCAGAUGCAGCAAAUGAUAAGAUGUAUUUCCUCAAAUGGCUCAGAAUCCUCCUGGAUGAGCAUACGUCAGCUGAUCUUUCUGCUCUACAUCACAUGUAUAAUGAAAAGUGGUCAACAGUUGUAAACCUGAAAGAGAAAUAUUAUAAAUCUGAACAACUCAAAUCUGAGCUUGAGAGAAUAUCUGGGGAUCUUCAAGCUGCAUCCUUUGGUUUGGAGCACAUCAUGAGGGAGAUCGCUCAGAUCUAUGAAUCAUGUUCAUCUGUGCAGAAGAACAAGAAAGACCUGCAGGUUGACUUCUCUUCUCUCCCGAGUCUGGCAGCAGAGAUGAUGAUCUCUGGAUCUCCACUGGAGCUGAUGGAUGGAGAUGCUGAUCAUGUUCCUGUGAUCUGGAUCUCUGCUGUUCUAGAUCAACUCAUCCAGAAACUGGGAGACCAGAGAGUCUUUGUGCUGUCAGUUUUAGGGCUUCAGAGCUCUGGGAAAUCCACCAUGAUCAAUGCCAUGUUUGGACUCCAGUUUGCUGUCAGUGCUGGCAGAACAACCAGAGGAGCUUUCAUGCAGCUGAUCAGAGUCUCAGACGAGAUGAAAACACAGUCAAACACUGUCUAUAAAACACAGAUGAACUUUGACUAUGUUCUGGUUGUUGAUACUGAGGGUCUUCGUGCUCCAGAACUGUCUGGAAGAUCAACAAGACACCAUGACAAUGAACUGGCCACAUUUGUUGUUGGUCUUGGAAAUAUGACACUGAUCAACAUCUUUGGAGAAAACCCAGGUGAGAUGCAGGACAUUCUUCAGAUUGUUGUUCAGGCCUUCAUGAGGAUGAAGAGGGUUAGACUGAAUCCCAGCUGUGUGUUUGUGCAUCAGAAUGUUUCAGACGUCACAGCUGGAGAGAAAAACAUGGAGAGAAGGAAACGACUGCAGGAGACACUGGAUGAGAUGACUAAACUAGCUGCUGAAGAUGAAGUCUGUGAUGCUGAGUGUUUCAGUGACGUCAUUAGCUUUGAUGUUCAGAAAGAUGUGAAGUAUAUUCCUCAUCUCUGGGAGGGAAACCCACCGAUGGCUCCACCGAACCCAAACUACUGUGAGAACAUCCAAGAACUGAAGAAGACUCUAAUGACUCAUGCCUCAACAUCACAUGGAAUGAGGCUGAAAGACUUAAAAGUUUGCAUUAACGAUCUCUGGGAGGCUUUACUGAAUGAACGAUUCAUCUUCAGCUUCAGAAAUUCUCUGGAGAUUUCAUCUUACAGGAAACUGGAGACUGAAUACAGGAAGUGGUCCUGGAGUCUCCGCAGAGCCAUGAUGGAAACUGAGAACAAACUACACAACCAAAUAGAAAAUAAAGCGAUUCAUGAGAUUGAAGAAACUGAUCUUCAAAGAGAACUGAAGAAGACAAGUGAAGAAGUGAAAAAAACAAUGUCCGGAUUCUUUGAGAAAGACAGAGAUAAAAAUAUAGUGAUUGAGUGGAAAACAUCAUUUGAAAUCAAAAUCAAAGAGCUUCAGGAAAACAUUGUGAGAGAAACAAAGAGAAGAUUAAAUGAGGUUAUUCAGCAGCGAGACAAUAAGAAAAAGAUUGAUGCUCGGAGAACACGUCAUGAAAACACUCUCUAUGAAAAGAGCAGAGAACUCGCCUUAAUACUCAAAGACAAAGCAAAUGAUGAAGAAACAUUGAAGAAAGAGUUUGAUGUCUUUUGGGAACAGAGUGUGAUUAAGAUCAUCAGAGACACUCCUCUAAUCAGAGACAUUGAUAUACUGAGAGACGUGAGAGAGAUCCUCAGUGACAUCUAUGAAAGUGUUCCUGUAGAUCACUGCACAGAGAGCAGGGAUAUUUUCACUGUGAUGAGUUAUUCAGAUUAUGUACAACUAAAGAAAUCCAGUGGAUUUACAGGAGCUUUAACAAAUGUCUACAGAUUUGUUAAACAGAAGUUUGGUUUGAUUCUCUCUAAAGAGGAUGAAUCUCAGAUAAGAUCAUUCGUCACAGAUGUUGUUCAGCAGACAGACAGAAUGAUUCAGUCAUUUAACAUUUCAAAGAUGGGCUACAACACCAUCUACAUUCAACAACUCAUAGAUUACAUCAAGACAAGAGUAACACAACAUGAGGAAGAACAAGUGAGUUAUGUGUUCAAGAAUGAAUUCUUCAUAGACUUAGUUCUCUCCAUCUGUGAGAGAUCAAACAAGAAGAUCACUGAGCAACACACACUGUACAGAGAAGACAAUGAUCAUGUAAUACAUGUAGAGAAGAAGAGAGAAGAGUACUAUAGUAUUUUCCAGAAAUACUUUCGUGGAGCAACAUCAGCAGUUACUUUUGGAGAGAUCAUCUGUCAGAAACUGAAAGAGCCAAUUGAGCAGAGCAUCUACAAGAAGAUUGCCAGAGAUCUGACAGAUGAAAUGAGAUCAAACUGUGAUUCACUGAAUGGAAACAGAUCCAAUCUGGAGAAACACAUCCUGAAGACACUGGCAGAAGAGGAGGAUUUUAACAAAUACAUGAACUACAUUCGUAAUCCCAGAGAUCACAUCAAGAGGUUCAUCAGAGAUGAAGUCAGUCGGUACAUCACUGAUCAGUUCAGUGUCAGUGUUUUACCCAAGAUGAAGAAGAACAUUAAACUCAUGCAGCAGAAGAUCAUGAGAGCAGCUCAUCAAUCUACUGAACGUGUUCAAGAGAAGAGAGAUGAAUCUACUGAACGUGUUCAAGAGCACAAAGGAGAUGAAUCUACUGAACGUGUUCAAGAGCACAGAGGAGAUGAAUCUACUGAACGUGUUCAAGAGCACAGAGGAGAUGAAUCUACUGAACGUGUUCAAGAGCACAGAGGAGAUGAAUCUACUGAACAUGUUCAAGAGCACAGAGGAGAUGAAUCUACUGAACAUGUUCAAGAGCACAGAGGAUAUGAAUCUACUGAACAUGUUCAAGAGCACAGAGGAGAUGCUGGUUUGUGGUUGAAGAGUUUCACACAGCAGCUCUCAGAUGAUCUGAUCUUCUCUGAAAAAGACCUCUGUGGAGUCAGACAUGAUGAUGUUGAGGAUUUUAACCUUCUAGAAGAUGUGAUAAGGCAAGAACUUCCUGCUAUAAUGUCUGAGAUCAGCAGACGACUCAACACAAAUACAUUUCCAGUAAAUCUGGACCUCAAGUUCAGACCAGAUGAGCUUUUGAUCAAUCUCUUCUGUUAGAGAUUACAGCAGAGCAGGAGGAGUGUAUGCAGACUGGAGCAUCACACACUGAUCCUGAUCUCUUUAUACUGUCCUACUGGAAGUGGUUUGUGUGCAGAUUACAGAGGGAUCUGGAGAAAAAACUACAAUAAAACAUUUGAGGGGAGUGGAAAAAUACCAUAUGAAUGGAGAAGAUUCACAAAACAGGAAGCUAUUAAGAGUUUGGAUAAAUACAUGUUAUUGAGCAGAUAAAGACUGAGAGUCUUAUGUCUCCUCUCAGAUUCAGAUCACAGUCAGAAAUGAGUUUCUCUGAUGUUCAUCACUGAGCUUAUAAACACCUCAGAAGAUCAGAGCUUCAUCAAAAGAGGAUUAAAGACUAGAUUCCACAUACUGAUAUCAGUGAAAUGAUCAAAGCAACAAACACUACCAGCCAAACGUUUUUGAACAGUAAGAUUUUUAAUGAUUUAUAAAGAAGUCUCUUCUGCUCACCAAGCCUGCAUUUGU